AGUAGUGGUCUACGUAUGCCCAAUAUGGGACCUAUGCUGGGAACAUCGGCCACUGGACAGGGUGGCUCCACCGGUGGCGGUGCCGGUCACAAUAAUGGUUCCGGUGUUACAGCCGGCCAGCUUGGCAGUGCCUCGGCGGCCCAGGCACAAGCGGCAACGACAAGUGGCACAACAGCUACUUCGGGAGUUGGUGGCGUCGGCGGCGGCGUAGGUGGUAUCGGCUCAUCCGGCUUGGCCGGUAAUAUGGGCGGCGUCGGUAUGGGCAUUUGUGGCGGUAUUAGUAGUAAUGCUGCUGUCAUUACUGGGGUGCCGCCAAUAGGACUUGGACUUGCAACCGGUAUUGGCAAUAAAAUGCUCGGUCGCAAGCAAAGUCUGAAGGGCGGCGAACCAUUUCUAGCCGAUUAUGGUCCCGAGGAGUCGCUUAACGAAAGUGCCGAUAUUGAAUGGGUGAAUAAACUGUGGGUAAGACGCCUAAUGCGAUUUUGCGCUUUAGUUGCCUUGGCCUCAGUCUCAUUGAAUACUCCAAAAACUUUCGAACGCGAACCAUCCCUGCAGUAUAUAACAUUCGUAUCGGACAUAGCGGUAACGCUACUAUUUACCGCUGAAAUGAUAGCCAAAAUGCACAUACGCGGCGUAUUACACGGUGAAGUACCGUAUCUAAAGGAUCACUGGUGCCAAUUUGAUUUUUCUAUGGUAUUCUUUUUAUGGAUUUCCAUAAUCUUACAAAUAUUUGAAAUACUUGAAAUUGUGCCAAAAUUUUCUUCCCUAUCCAUGAUGAGAGCUCCCCGACCCCUGAUAAUGAUACGCUUUCUUAGAGUCUUCCUGAAAUUUUCAAUGCCAAAGAGUCGCAUCAAUCAAAUCUUCAAGCGUUCGAGUCAACAAAUCUACAAUGUAACCCUAUUUUUCCUGUUCUUUAUGUCACUUUAUGGCCUUAUGGGUGUUCAAUUUUUCGGUGAAUUGAAAAACCAUUGUGUCAUGAAUAACAGUGUCUAUGAUAAGCAUGGUAGACCUAUAUUAACAUUAAAUUCAUUGGCCAUACCGGAUACAUUUUGUUCCAUGGACCCGGAUUCGGGUUAUCAGUGUUCACCGGGCAUGAAAUGCAUGAAAUUGGAUUUUCUCAGUAGCUAUGUGAUUGGUUUCAAUGGCUUUGAAGAUAUAGCCACAAGUAUUUUUACGGUUUAUCAAGCUGCAUCCCAGGAGGGUUGGGUAUUUAUUAUGUAUCGCGCCAUCGAUUCGCUGCCAGCAUGGAGAGCUGCAUUCUAUUUCAGCACCAUGAUUUUCUUCUUGGCGUGGUUGGUGAAGAACGUUUUCAUUGCUGUGAUUACGGAAACCUUCAAUGAGAUACGUGUACAAUUCCAACAGAUGUGGGGAGCGCGAGGUCAUAUUCAAAAAACAGCUGCCUCCCAGAUACUCAGUGGAAACGAUCAAGGAUGGCGUUUGGUCACCAUUGAUGAUAGUAAACAUGGUGGCUUGGCACCGGAAACAUGUCAUGCCAUAUUGAGAUCACCCUAUUUUCGAAUGUUGGUAAUGUCGAUCAUAUUGGCAAAUGGUAUUGUUACGGCCACAAUGACAUUUCAACAUGAUGGUCGACCGCGUCAUGUCUUCUAUGAGAGAUAUUAUUAUAUUGAGGCCGUGUUUACAUUCCUGCUGGAUUUGGAGACUCUAUUUAAAAUCUAUUGUUUGGGAUGGCGUGGCUACUAUAAACAUUCGAUACAUAAAUUUGAAUUGUUGCUGGCUGUGGGCACAACCAUUCACAUUGUGCCGUAUUUUUAUCUAUCGGGAUUUACGUAUUUUCAGGUUCUUCGCGUUGUACGCUUGAUAAAGGCCUCACCCAUGCUAGAAGGUUUUGUUUAUAAAAUCUUUGGUCCUGGCAAGAAAUUGGGUUCCCUCAUCACCUUUACCGUCUGCUUGCUGAUCAUAAGUUCCAGUAUCUCUAUGCAGUUGUUCUGCUUCCUUUGCGACUUUACCAAAUUCGAAACCUUCCCCGAAGCCUUUAUGUCUAUGUUCCAAAUUCUAACCCAGGAGGCCUGGGUUGAGGUUAUGGACGAGACAAUGAUACGUACCAGUAAAACUCUAACCCCCUUGGUGGCCAUAUAUUUUAUACUCUAUCACUUGUUCGUAACCCUUAUUGUGCUAAGUUUGUUCGUGGCGGUUAUUUUGGAUAACUUGGAAUUGGAUGAGGACAUCAAGAAAUUGAAGCAACUUAAAUUCCGCGAACAAAGUGCAGAAAUUAAGGAGACUCUACCAUUCCGCCUAAGGAUAUUCGAAAAAUUCCCCCAAUCUCCGCAAAUGACAAUACUCCAUCGAAUUCCGAAUGAUUUCACCCUGCCCAAGGUGCGAGAAUCUUUUAUGAAACAAUUUGUCAUCGAACUGGAAAGUGAUGAUCCCUCAAUGGAAAGUUGUAAACGUCCAAUAUCCGAAUAUUGGGAAUCGAAAAUGGUAUUUCGUAAACAAAAACCCGUGAGAAUUAUGAAUAAAACGGCAAAGGUCCGCUCGGCUGGUAGUAGUUUAAGGAAAUUGGCCAUAACCCAUAUCAUCAAUGAUUCCAAUAAUCAACGUCUGAUGUUGGGCGAUUCGGCCAUGCUGCCAGUGGUUGGUGGAAAAUGCGGUUUGAAAUCUCAGGGUACCAUAACACAUUCGAAGCCGUGGAGAGUGGAUCAAAAGAAAUUUGGAUCACGUUCCAUUCGACGUAGCGUACGAUCGGGUUCAAUAAAACUGAAGCAGACCUAUGAACAUCUGAUGGAAAAUGGUGACAUUGCAUCGGCGCCAAGGGCAAAUUCAGGCAGAGCCAGACCACAUGAUUUGGAUAUCAAAUUGUUGCAGGCGAAAAGGCAACAGGCUGAAAUGAGACGUAACCAACGGGAAGAAGAUUUGCGUGAGAAUCAUCCAUUUUUCGAUACUCCAUUGUUUUUGGUGCCACGAGAAAGUCGUUUUCGUAAGAUUUGUCAGAAAAUUGUCCAUGGGCGCUAUGAUGCCCGGCUAAAGGAUCCACUGACGGGCAAGGAACGUAAGGUCCAAUAUAAAAGUUUGCACAACUUCUUGGGCCUGGUAACCUAUCUGGAUUGGGUAAUGAUAUUCGUCACCACUCUUUCCUGCAUUUCAAUGAUGUUCGAGACACCCAAUGAUAGGGUUAUGGAUCAUCCCACAUUGCAAAUUGCCGAAUACACCUUUGUCAUUUUUAUGAGCCUGGAACUGGCUUUGAAAAUCUUAGCGGAUGGUCUAUUCUUUACCCCCAAAGCCUAUAUCAAAGAUGUGGCAGCCGUUUUGGAUGUUUUUAUAUACAUUGUUUCCACUUUAUUCCUCUGCUGGAUGCCGAAACAAGUACCCACCAAUUCUGCUGCCCAACUGCUAAUGGUUUUACGUUGCAUACGCCCGCUGAGAAUAUUCACCUUGGUACCGCAUAUGCGUAAGGUGGUCUAUGAAUUAUGUCGUGGCUUUAAGGAAAUCCUUUUGGUAUCCACUCUCCUGAUAUUGCUGAUGUUCAUCUUUGCCAGUUAUGGUGUUCAGCUGUAUGGUGGCCGUUUGGCACGUUGCAAUGAUCCGACAAUAACAAGACGUGAAGAUUGUGUUGGCGUAUUUAUGCGUCGUGUGUUCGUAACAAAAAUGAAAUUGACCCUGGGUGAAGGUGAAUCCUUUCCGGCGAUGUUGGUACCACGUGUAUGGGCAAAUCCACGACGAUUUAAUUUCGAUAAUAUCGGUGAUGCUAUGUUGACACUGUUCGAGGUGCUGUCAUUCAAAGGAUGGCUGGAUGUUCGAGAUGUAUUGAUAAAAGCUGUUGGACCGAUUCAAGCCGUUUACAUUCACAUCUAUAUUUUCUUGGGUUGUAUGAUUGGUCUUACCCUGUUUGUGGGUGUGGUUAUUGCCAAUUAUUCGGAGAAUAAAGGUACAGCUCUACUCACGGUCGAUCAAAGACGUUGGUGUGAUUUGAAGAAGAGAUUGAAAAUUGCUCAACCGCUGCAUUUGCCACCUCGGCCGGAUGGUCGUAAAGUUCGGGCAUUCGCUUACGAUGUGACACAACAUAUUUACUUUAAACGUUUCAUAGCGGCAAUUGUUUUGAUUAACAGUGCACUGUUAUCGAUAACGUGGAUCAAAGGUGAAAGCAUAACGGAAAUUUGCAUUCUACUAAGUGUCACAUUGACAUUUGUCUUUGUGGUAGAGGUGGUUAUGAAAAUUAUCGCAUUUACACCACGUGGCUAUUGGCAAUCGAGACGUAAUCGUUAUGAUUUGUUGGUAACGGUUUCCGGUGUUGUUUGGAUAUUUUUGCAAACUAUUUUGAGGAAUGACUUGUCCUACUUCUUUGGUUUUAUGGUGGUGAUUUUAAGAUUUUUCACCAUUACCGGAAAACACACCACAUUGAAAAUGUUGAUGUUAACAGUCGGUGUGUCUGUUUGCAAAUCGUUCUUCAUUAUAUUUGGCAUGUUUUUGUUGGUAUUCUUUUAUGCCUUGGCUGGAACGAUAUUGUUUGGUACUGUAAAAUAUGGCGAAGGCAUUGGACGCAGAGCAAAUUUUGGUUCUCCGGUGACAGGUGUUGCCAUGCUGUUUCGUAUCGUUACCGGUGAAGAUUGGAAUAAAAUUAUGCACGAUUGUAUGGUCCAGCCACCGUAUUGCACACCCGGUAAAAAUUAUUGGGAAACAGAUUGCGGAAACUUUACGGCCAGCCUUAUCUAUUUCUGUACAUUCUAUGUCAUUAUUACAUAUAUCGUACUGAACUUACUUGUGGCUAUUAUCAUGGAGAACUUUUCACUGUUUUACUCGAACGAAGAAGAUGCUCUACUCUCCUAUGCGGAUAUUCGAAAUUUCCAAAACACCUGGAAUAUUGUGGACAUACAUCAGCGUGGUGUAAUACCAGUACGACGUGUGAAAUUCAUAUUGCGUUUGCUAAAGGGUCGUUUGGAGUGUGAUCCCCAGAAAGAUCGUUUACUCUUCAAAUAUAUGUGCUAUGAAUUGGAUAAGUUGCACAAUGGGGAAGAUGUUACCUUCCAUGAUGUGAUCAAUAUGCUUUCAUAUCGAUCGGUAGAUAUACGCAAGGCAUUGCAACUGGAGGAGUUACUGGCCCGUGAGGAAUUUGAAUAUCUUGUCGAAGAGGAAGUUGCCAAAAUGACAAUACGCCAUUGGUUGGAAGGAUGUCUAAAGAAAAUUAGAGCACAAAAUGCAUAUAAACAACAAAACUCUCUGUUGGCUGGUCUACGUGCCACAAAUGAACCCAUAAUACGUCCCAGUGUACCAGAAGAUAAAACACCAACUGGUCUUGGUGAUAAAUCUGCAAUAGCCACAAUAAGUGGCACUGUGGCAGCUGCCACAUGUCCACCCACCAGUGAUGCAUUUUCUCCUACAUUUAGUUCAACCGAAAAUGAAGAGAAGGAUGUGAGUACCAGUGCAGUGGCAUCAACGCCGGGUGCUGGCGCCACUGCCGAAACAUCUACGGUGCAGGCCACCCAACGCAUCAUCACCAGCACAAAACGUGGUUAUGCCCUUAAUCGUUCCGAUUCGACGGGAAGUAGCGCUGGUCGCAAAUUCCUUGCACCAACAUCCUCAGAUCCCCAGCGGACAACGCUCACCGACAAGGAACGCCUGCACAUUGCCAAUCAACAGAAAAAGAAAAAUUCCAUGACAACCAGCACCCUACCAGUUGCCCCGCUACCAGCCUUGCCGGGACAUAAAAAGAACAGCUUCUUCGCGGGAGAUGUUAGCCAAUUCCAUUAUCCUACAUUGAAUCAUUUCGAUCAUGGCCAUAUCCCAGCAUUGGGUAGUCCAUCAGGUCUAAUGCCACACAUUAUACCCGGCACAAAGUUGUUGCCGUUCAACAAUCAGGCCAAUGCCGUGUAUGAAGUUCAUGAUUGGUGGCAGGAACAAGUGCUGUGUACCCAAAAUAGCGAUGAUGAAAUGUAG